AUGGUCGGCCGCGGAGGGAGGAUGGCUUUCGUGGGGGUGAGCUUGCUGCUGCUGCUGCUCCUGGCCAGGGACUUGGCAGCCUCUGUAAACAGUCAAUUUGGCGAACCUUCAGAAUAUAUAACACCAAACUGUGAUCAAUAUAAAUUGCCAGGAUGUCCCAGAGACUUUAACCCUGUAUGUGGAAGUGACAUGUCCACUUAUCCCAACGAGUGCACUCUGUGCAUGAAAAUAAGGGAAGAUGGUCACAAUAUUAACAUAAUCCGAAAUGGACCGUGCUGA